AUGAAAAGCAUGAGUCCGUCCCCCCUCCCCCCGCGGUGGCUGAACAACGCAAAGCAGACAUACUACAACGAAGCGGAGGCGAGAGACGUCUGCGUGCCGCUCCUGGGUGCCGUCGAGUACGUCCACAGCCAAGGCAUCGUACACCGGGACCUGAAGCCCGAGAACUUGCUGCUGGCCUCCGCCAACGAUGCCACCAGCAUUAAGCUGGCCGACUUCGGGUUCGCCGCUAGCAUCCGUGACGGCGACCUGUUGAACGGGUGCGGUACACCUUACUACGUCGCGCCGGAGAUGCUCAAGAACGUCCCCUACGGCACGCUGGCCGACUUCGGGUUCGCCGCUAGCAUCCGUGACGGCGACCUGUUGAACGGGUGCGGUACACCUUACUACGUCGCGCCGGAGAUGCUCAAGAACGUCCCCUACGGCACGUCGGUGGACAUGUGGAGCAUCGGCGUGAUCAUCUUCGUCCUGCUAGUCGGCAGGCUGCCGUUCCAUGACAAGGACCAGCUGGAGAUGUUCCGAAAGAUCAAACGCGGGGCCUACGCGUUUAACGACGAGAUUUCUGACGAUGCUAAGGACCUCAUCGCCAAGCUGCUGACCGUCGAUCCCGCCAAGCGCUUGACGGCGAGCGAGGCCUGCAAACACCCCUGGCUCACCACCGACGCCCCGAACCUGUCCUGCCACAACCUGAGCGCGCGCCUGGAGGACCUCAAGGUUUUCAACACAAAGCGGAAGCUGCGUGCUGCCGUCAAGACGGUGGUGGCGAUGAGCAUAUUUGCCAAGUAUCUCGAAGCAGUGCAAUGCCCGAGUGGGUGAGGGUCCCCAUCCAGCCUAGCCCUCUCCUCCUAAACUCGAUCGCGAUAAAACCCCCGUGUGUGUGUGUGUGUGUGUGCGUGUUGCACCGCAACUUGCGCCGUUUCGAGUCGCCGCUGCGCGAGCGAGCGACGAGACUCGCCGCCGGUCUGUUUGAAACGAACGGUCCGGCGCGGGGGGUUGUAUCGACGAUGGUGACGUUAAUAUUGUGCAGCGGGCGGGGGGGUCCUGGGGCCAAAAGUGCGGGAGAUCUCCCUAACACUCCGGCCUACCGUUUGUGGGGGGGGGGAGGAUGGUUAGGGCAUUUCGGAGGAGGGUACGGUUGAAGUUGUUCGAUGUGGUUGAAGUGUCUGUCGUCAUCCCGUUUUUUUUUGUUCCACUGCUCCUCGCUGCUAGACAUGCUAGCUCUCGUUGGCUAAAGAUGUCGGGUCUUGUAGAUUAGGGCCCCGACACGACGGUCGUGGGGUUGUCAUAUUCCCUCAUUUUGUUUCGUGACACGUUCCUCCCCUCCCCUACGUGUGUAGACUAUGGUCACGGGCAAGCGCCGCGAUUGUGUGUACAGCGUAGGCCGGGAAGCGUAGUGGCGGCGUAAACACAAAUCGUCGAGAUUCGUAACGGCUAGAGACCGUUAUGGAGGCCACUAGAUAGCUGCAGAGAGAGUGACGAUGGUCGCCGGCGAAUUUCAUUCGUUGUUUCUUCACCUGGUUGACAAGAGGAGAGGGGGGUCGGAUAGGUGACAGAGCUGUUCCUCGCGGGACCGGCUUGCGAAUGGCGCUGCAGCGGGGGGCGGCAUCGCAAUUCAGAAUCAAAGUGAGGAAGCGACGUGGUUUGUUGCAAAGCACCACCGCUAUUUUCUGUCCAGUUGACCCUCGGCAAGUCAGUACACCCUCUUGGGAAGAGAUGAGUUUGCAUCCUUGUUGAUAAUGACAGUGGGGUCGGUGGUGGCCACCCGCCUCGUUUUCUGUUGGAAAGCGACAUUCCACACCGCAUCGGUGGGGUUCCACCCCGUGUUGCGGGGUGUAUCCGGGACGGUUGGUACACCUACCGACAUCAAGGCGGUAGGGCGCGAGGUGGACGGAGACAAAGAGAGAGAGGGAGUCAGACAGAGAGAGAGAUUCAGCUAGAGAGUGUCAGCCAGAGAGAGAGACAGCGAAAGAGCGUCAGACAGAGGCAGAAAGAGACAGAGGCAGAGAUACAGUCAGACAGUCAGUACAGUAGAUUUUCGAGGUAUUUUGUGUUUUGCCAAGUUCGCAGCCAAGGCUAACUUGUUCCUUCUUAUUUUCGGUUUUGAGGGGACGUCUCGCUUCAUGGCAGCACCCGACCCAAAUGGCGUCGCCUGUUAAAAAAAUAGUGCCUUUUCCCGCGUGAAUGUGACGGCUGCCUGUGUUGUCGUUGUGGCUUGCGGUUGUUGAUGUUCUUUGUGUCACCUCUUGUUGUUUCGCGACCAGCGACAUCUCUGCGCUGACGAUCGCCCGUUCAAAGGGUAUCUGUGCUGGUCUGCCCUGCUUCUGAUCGGGUUUCGUGGCGGUGCAGUAUGCCGGCGGAGGUUUUUCGCCGAAGAAUGCGAGCAGGCCUCGAGUGUUGUUUUCUUGCGGGGUGACACGGGAAUGGCCCUUCCUGUCCGUUUACCCCGCCAGGCGAGCACCCAAGCUCGGGGGUGCUCUUUUGGUGAUUUUUGUCGAUUUUUGUUUUUUUUCCCGGAUUUAUUGGUUCGUGUUUAGGAUGCCGCCCUCCGGUUGGUUCGCUUGGAUUAGCUCGCUCGGUUUACUGCUGGAUGUUCAUCGCCUUACCGUCUUGGUCGGCAGCCGUUCGGUAGGCGAGGUGUGCAGUUUGACUUUUAUUUUCGGAGAGGUUGUGUGUUCUUUUGUUCGUGUCUUUGUAUACCAGAGACACGGGGAGGUUUUAAGAUAUUUGCACGUCUCCCCUGGGCGGUACCCCGCUCCCAGUUUUGCCAUCGGGAUUGGGUUUUCGUGGCUUGGCGACGACGUUG